AUGUCCGCCCUAAUACACAGCGGCACCAGUCGCACCCACAGCGACGAUGCGACGACCCCCUCCGCGAAACCCAACCACAACCAGCACGCCGCCGUAGCAGCAGCGGGGCUCGAGACAGCGGCCACGCUGGCCGAAGUGCGCGCCGCCCUCGAUGCGCUGCACACCCGCGAGGCGGGCAUCACCCGGCGCCUCGACGCUCUCAUGGCCUCGCAGUCGGAGCUCUCGCGGGACCUGGGCCGGCUGGACAUGCUGCGCGCGGGGCUGGGCUCCCAAGUCAUAGCCACGCGCGCCAUCGGCAACGAGAUGCUGGCCACGGCUGCCGAGACGGCGGGCGACCUGAGCGGCAAGGUUCGGAAGCUGGACCUCGAAAAAAAUCGAGUCGAAGAUACGCUGCGCGUGGUGGAGCAGGUGGCGGAGCUCAAGGCCUGCGUCCACGGCGUCGUGGGCUCAAUGGGCGCUCCGCAGGACUGGGAAGCCGCGGCUGGGUACUUGGCCAGGGUGAGCCAUGUGCCGGAAGACAUCAUCAAGGGUCCGUUUGCCGCCGGUAUUGUGCCCAGCGUCGAGGUCCCCGAUGCGCCGUGGACGACGCUCGAAAACGCCAAGGAGAGCCUCUGCGUCCUGUUUCUCCGCGAGUUUGAAAAGGCAGCCGCGGAUGGCGACGGGGCCAAAGUCACUCGAUUUUUCAAAGUAUUCCCUCUAAUUGAUCGAACAGAAGUCGGCCUCGACGUUUACGGACGAUAUGUCUGCCAGGGUGUCGCCGGGACCGCCAGAACAACGCUCAAGGAUGGCAUCGGCGGCCAGACGCGCAAGGACGGCUUCUUCUACGCCAACGCCAUCACAAAGCUGUUUGAGCACAUUGCGCAGAUUGUCGAAGGCCACGGCGGCUUGGUCGAGAGACACUACGGCGCAGGCAAAAUGGUUCGCGUGAUUGAGAGGCUCCAGAUGGAAGCAGACGUCCAGGGUGGCAUUAUCCUUGACACGUGGACCGACGAGCGUACUUUGGACAGGAAGCUCACCGAUGUGAAGAGCUACCCGUUCUCGUUCCUGGUGCAGAGCUUUCUGCCGCCGCAAUCACGAAGCAACACACCGCGCAUCAAUUCGCCGGCAGUCGGUGCAGGAACCAACGGCCGCACGAGCGAAGACGAGGGUGUGAAUAUGAAAGAAGUGGACGCUUUAUUGAGCGAGAUCGCGGUCAUGCUCGGUCGCUGGUCCCUAUAUACGAGAUUUAUUUCCGGCAAAUGCGUGCUCGUGACACCAUACAACAUCAUGACGGGCUUCUUGUUUCGCCGAUCGGUGGAAAAGUCGUUCCAGCUGGACGAAUACCCUCCUGGACUGUCGUUGAGAAUGAACAAGAGUAUUGACGGCGAAGCGCCAUAUAUCAUCAUGGCCGUGGAUGAUGUCAUGUACAUCAUGAACUCGACGAUACAAAAGUCCAUUUCAACGUCCCAGAGGGACGUAGUGUCAAGCGUUAUCCCCUCGAUUGAGCGAAUCCUGUCGGCUGAUUUUAUUGGAAUGAUACAACGCAAGAUGCGUGAUGAAACAUAUCCCAAGCCCGUCAUGCAAGGUGGAUUCCCACCAGAAGACAAAAUUGUUCAAUUCAUUGUUCUCAUCAACAGUUUGGAUACGGCGAAUCAAUAUCUCAACAGGAUCAUUGACGGUCGCAUAUCACAUUCCGAAGAACAGUCUGAUGUUGCCAUUCCUGGCGAGGGAUUGAAAGAGUCUUUUCCCUUUGAAAAAGACGCCGUCAUGGUCGCCAACCAGCUGCACAGGCUACAGAAGACGUUUUUGGCAAAGUCUACCGAAUUGCUCAGUGAAGGAAUCAAUGUCCUGUUUGAGCGCGUCGUCAAGUUGCGCCUGCGGCCGGUUCUCGGCGAUACGUUCCGCGACGCCGAUUACACCAUGACGGAGCAAGAGCUGGCCGAGUAUGCCGAGCAAAAUGAGGAGGACCCGGAGCAGGUCAUGGAGAUGGUGACACGCCGGUUCGAGCGCGGCUGGGACAUGCUGAUGAAGCCCAUCGGCCGCAUCAUGACGCCGGCCACCUUUAGCGUCUUGUCGGACACGACGGCCAGGUACUUGUCUCGGGUCCUGGAAAAGCGUAUCCUGAGCUACUCGGGCAAGACGAGCGAGUAUGGUGCGAUCCGCAUCGAGCGCGACUUCUCCGCCAUUGUGAGCAUUGUGGCCAAGGGACACUACGGUAUCCGGGAGGUGUUUGGCAAGGUGACGCAGCUGAUGAUGGUGGCCAACAUGGAAGAGGAGGAAUGGGAGGAGCUGGUGGCGCUCGACGGCGAUGAUGGCAUCGAGUGGACGCUGACGGAGGAUGAGAGGAAAAAGGCGCGGGCCCUGACAAAAGGAGCGUAA